AGGGGCUUGUAUCACACAUGCGCAGAAGAGGCUGCGCAUAAUUUUGGCUGUGAUGGAUGAUGUGAAUUCUCUCUGAAUUAAGGGCCGUGGAGGGUUUUAUAUCCACGAACAUCGCCCGAAUUAUAGGUCUGGUUGCUUCCCAGAGCCGCUUAAGUCAACUGGAACAAAUUUUAACACAUAAAUAUGUGACAAUUUCCGACAAAUAUGAAACUACAGAGAGUUUACACUGAAUAUUAAAGCGAAUAUGUGAACAAGAAGCAAGCGGGUCAAGUUUUUCAUUUUCAGUUAUGUGGUGAAAUAUCCAUGCACAGCGAGCUUUACUUGAUCAAAGCUCGACAGCCGUGUGCAAGGACAUCUAAACGACCGUUUAGACGUUGAUACCGAGCAAGGAUAAGCAAACUAAAACAAGGGAGCGUGUAUUUUUGUUCUUUUUUUGGCUUUCGAUGGGAGCUAGCUUAGCCUAAGCUAGCCGCGCAGUGGAGUGGCGCGAGCGCAACGCGUUGACCGAGGCGCCCUGGAAGCGGCCAGUUACACCAUCCUGGAGGACAUGAAUCAGAUGUAUCGUUAAAAGGGUCGUUUUUUGUUUCUUGUGUACUCUUGGAUACAUUUUGAAGCCGUACAAAGGUGCCAAGUCUUGCUCAACCGCAACAGGGGAUGACUUCUGGAUACGUCGUGCGCAAUAAACCGCACGCGCAUCUUCGUGCUUCCUAAACUUUUUCGUCUCGCAAGAUUUGUUUUUUUUACCCCACACUGUGCGAUUUCUGCUGUUCAUGUGCUGUCUUGACCGCAGAGGUUCGCAUCUCCAGAGGACACCGGUCGCUCUAACGUGGAGGUAUGCCUGGAUCAGACCGCCUGCAUGCGACCAAAAGGAAGGCUGAGUCGCUGUACCAUCAGCAGCAGCAGGCGGCCGGUGGGGACGGUAAAACGGCUCCACCUUCGCACACCGGCUCCGGUAAGCAUCUCCUAAAGUCAACGAGCUCUGCUUCUUCCAAGCUCAAACGAAGCAAGUCCAAACAUGAGGCCGAAACCGCCGCCGUCGCCUCCACUUGCAGUUCCGCCGCGCGUCCAGCAGUGGGCGUCAUUAAGCCGCUGGUGGAAUACGACGACAUUAGCUCCGACUCGGACCCUUUUCUGGAUUCUCCCGCAGGUGCGAAACCGAUCGAAGGCAGAGACUCCGAUCGAGUAGAUUCUGAUAACAGCAAAGCGGGGGUUAGUAGAGACAACAGGACUCAUAAACACAAGCGCUCCCGGAAGAAGUCCAAAGACCCCCAUCGGGUCCGGGAGUCAUUGGAAAGCGAAGAGGACCCCAAAAAGAUCACGAAGGAAAAGGAUCGCGCGACCAAGGAAAGUCGAAAGGUCAAGGAGAGCUCACUUGUCUCCGCAUCCAGGCGCUCGGAGGAGUCCGGUAGUAAGAGGUCCAGUGACUCUCUCUCAUCCGCUGUGGUCCAGUCGGCCGUAAAUCUGGGUAGCAGCGCAUCCUCAGCAUCUUCGUCCAGAAGUAAGGAAAGCGGGCGUUCGUUGAAGUCCCGCAAAGACAAGGAAAGGAGAGAGGAAUACGAGGACAAAAGCCGUCGAAAGCCUUCCAAGAGCCGCAAGUCGAGCCCCAAGGGGAAAAGCCAGUCUCGGGGUAGCCCUCGGAGGAAGGCCGCUGCCCAGUCGGUGAGUCCCAGGAGAAGUGCAGGGGACAGUCCCUCCACCGGGGAGCCGGACAACAGUUAUUCUUCCAGGCGCCGGGCUGCGAGUCCGAGCCCGUACAGGGAGCCGUCCAGACGGAGCAGGCAGAGAUCAGAGAGUCCGUAUGGACGGAGGAGGUCCUCGAGUUGCGAAAAGGAUGGAAGUCCGUAUGUAAGCAGGAAACACUCGCCGUGCAGUCCCUAUGGCAACCGACGCUCAUCCAGUACCAGUCCGGUAUCCAGGAGAUCAUUACGUUCCCGUAGUCGCUCUCCACACUACUUGUCCUCUCGCCGUUCGUCCUCUCGUUCUCGCACUAAGAAACACUCUUUAUAUUCCGGAAGUUCGAGAGGAAAAGGCGAAGAAAGUCGAUCCCCUUCUCAUCUGCCGAUCUCAUCCAGCCUCGGGGCCGAACUUACGCGCAGAAAGAAGGAACGUCAGGCGGCCGCCGCCAAGAACUCUCCCUCUCUCCCUUCAAACACGACAAGCGCUGCAAACGUGGCAGCGAAAAACACUGAGUUAACACUAGAGACUGCUCCGCCCCCUGAGCAGCAAAGACCUCCAUCCCCUCCUCCGAGCACCGUUACGCCGGAAGAACCGGCCGUGGCUCCUCCUCCACCUCUCCCUCUGUCCAGUCCUCCUCCUUUACCCCUCUCAGCUCCUCCGCCUCUUCCUGCAAGCUCUCCACCCCCACUUCCUCUCUCGUCCCCUCCUCCCCUUCCUCUAAACAGCCCACGGCCAGCCGCUCCAUCUAUAGCACCUGCUGCGCCUGUUCCCUCCCGGUCGAAAAGCCCCAUGCAGAGAUCCACACAAAGUUCUGGACACCCGGUGAAGACCUCCACCCUUCCACUGCUCCCCCUGCCACCCGUUCUUCUGGGAGACACCAGGGACAGUCAGAAGAAGAGUCUUUCCCAGAGGUCGUCACGAAAGGAACGAGUGAAGGAGAAAGAAAAGGAAAAAGAAGUCAGGACACGCCUUCUCAGCGAUUUGCCCCUCCCACCUAUGCUUCAUGGCGGAGACCCCUCACCUCCACAUUCACCUGUCCUGGAGCCCCCGACCCUCCACCAACCGACCUACAAGAAGAGACCAAAGAUUUGCUGUCCGAGGUUUGGAGAGAGAAAGCAGACUCAGAGCGACUGGGGAAAACGCUGCGUGGAUAAGUUUGACAUCAUCGGCAUCAUUGGAGAAGGAACGUAUGGCCAGGUGUACAAGGCCAAAGACAAAGACACAGGUGAGCUGGUGGCACUGAAGAAGGUACGAUUAGAUAAUGAGAAGGAAGGUUUCCCCAUCACUGCCAUCCGAGAGAUCAAGAUCCUGAGACAGCUCAACCACAGCAGCGUUGUUAACAUGAAAGAAAUCGUCACUGACAAACAGGACGCUCUCGACUUCAAAAAGGACAAAGGUGCGUUUUACCUGGUAUUUGAGUACAUGGACCAUGACCUCAUGGGUCUGUUGGAGUCUGGCCUGGUGUCGUUCUCUCAUGAACACGUACAGAGCUUCAUGCAUCAGCUCAUGGAGGGAUUAGAUUAUUGCCACAAGAAGAACUUUCUGCACAGAGACAUCAAGUGCUCCAAUAUUCUGCUAAACAACAGCGGUCAGAUCAAGCUGGCAGAUUUUGGGUUGGCUCGUCUCUAUAACUCUGAGGAAAGUCGGCCGUACACCAAUAAGGUGAUCACGCUGUGGUACCGGCCGCCCGAGCUGCUGCUGGGAGAGGAGAGAUACUCCCCCGCUAUAGACGUGUGGAGCUGCGGGUGUAUUUUGGGAGAGCUCUUCACCAAGAAACCAAUUUUUCAAGCUAACCAAGAACUACUGCAGCUGGAGCUGAUCAGUCGUCUGUGUGGGAGUCCGUGUCCUGCCGCUUGGCCAGAUGUGAUCAAGCUGCCGUACUUCAACACCAUGAGACCCAAGAAACAGUACAGGCGACGCUUACGAGAGGAAUUCGCUUUCCUGCCCGCCUCCGCUCUUGACCUGCUGGACCACAUGUUGACGCUGGAUCCAUCGAAACGCUGCACAGCCGAACAGGCACUUGCGAGUCAGUUUCUGUCUGACGUGGUGCCCAGCAAAAUGCCGCCCCCAGAUUUGCCUCAUUGGCAAGACUGUCAUGAGCUUUGGAGCAAAAAGCGACGGCGACAGAGGCAAAGCGGCGUUUCUGAGGAGAUACCUGUUGCCAAAGUGCCACGCAAGGAGUCCGGAGGAUCUGCCGGAGGGGAGAACAGCCGUCCGCCCCCGCCUCCCUCGUCCGCCCAGCCUGCUCCGGCAAACAUCACAACUACUGAGCUUGAAGGUUUGGGAGCCGCGGCUGAGCAGUUGAACCAGACCGAGCUGGCGGUCCUUCUGAACCUGCUCCAAAGUCAAACAGACCAUCUUAACCUCCCGCAGAUGGCCGAGGUCCUCCGUAGCUCCUCUGAAGCCUCGACUUCAGUGCUGGCCAAAACGGCGGCCGCCCCCUCCAUGCCCGAGCUGGACCCCGCGCAGCAGAUAGAACUGCUCAGCCAUCUCUCCACCUUACUCCAGUCCUCUAGCAAUCCUCAGCCUUCAGGACUCCCGCAGGAAGACCAGGCCGGCCUCCUCACGCUCCUGUUGGAGCAGCUUAUAAAGGCUCCGGCACAGGGGGCGGACGAAAGCAACGGAGUUCAGUCGGCAGAGGCUGUGGCACGAGGCAGCUCUGCUUCCGUCAAGGGCAGCAGUCGCGAGGAUGCUGCAUUAAAAAAGCCGGAGGCGACAGGCUCCAAGUCUGCAGUAGCACCCUCCGAACCCCCUCGUGACGCAACAGACACCCUGCUCCAUCUCCUCUCCCAUCAGACCUCAGAGGACAGACGUCCUUCUGAAGACCCUCGCACCAGUCAGGUACCCCCCUCUCCCCCGAGCACAACCCCACCCCCCGCAUCCUCUUAUGCCCCCUCGCCCGCCGCCGGCCUGGAAAACGCUGCUACAGAGACUCAGUUUCCCCAAGACCAAGACCUGCGGUACUCUCUGGGUGGAUCCACCGGCCAGUCCUGAGCCGGGACUGAGAGUCUGCCGCUCUGAACUGCAUCUGUUGCUUUUUUACUAGUUACGCUUGUGUCUGCUGUUUCUUUCUAACGUUGAAGGAAAAACUGAAUGUUCAAGGAAGGAUUCUUGAUGGCUGAAUGGAUGACAUGCAUCCCUCCCAGCAUUAUUUUGAGGUGGACUGUCCGACUAGAUGAAAAUGUUUGUGGAUCUGUAAAGGAUGCAUAAACUUUGACUCCACAUUCUCUCAUUAAAUGCCUUUCCUCGUGCCCUUUCUUGUCCCGGUUCAGUUUAAACUCCAGGUCUGUCUCAUCUAGUGGGAGAGAAAAGAACACUUGGUUUUAUUUUUGGUGGCGAAAGUGUACUUAUCCCGAGUUUUCGAAGCCUGUGUCGUGUUGUUUUCAGGACCAAGAGGUUUAGCAACGUUCAUUUAAAUUGAAGGGAUCUUCCCGAAUUCUUGCGAGACACAUUGACUGGUCUGAGUUUUAGCAACAGAAUUGCUUACUUUGAUUUUGUCUACGACAAAUGUACAUGUUGUAAAAUGACAAUAAAUUAAAAACGUGGCUGAGUUAA